AUCGUUAUUCAAUUGACGUCCCUUGGCUCAGGUCUGCUCCUCACCGGUCCAUUGUCGGCGGCCAUUCCGGCCAAUUCCAGGCGGCCAUGGCUUACACUGCUCGAUUGCACCUUUCUCUCCCUCACGCUCUUCUUCCAACUUUAUCCCGCCGGUCGGCUCUUCCCACCGUUCUCCGCCGGCUGAGCCGUUUUUCCUCAACAGGCGAGUUAUUAUCCAAUUCAAGUAAGUUCAGACCUCCGACGACUCUGGUUUACGCGCAGGCCAAACGAGGCUUCUCGACAAAAGAAGACGACGUAGCUUCGUCUGCUGAUCUUGAAUUUGAGGCGCCGCUCCAAAUUGUGGAAUAUCCGGACCCAAUACUCAGAGCAAAGAAUAAGCGUAUUGAUUCAUUUGAUGAUAAUCUGAAGAAGUUAGUGCAGGAAAUGUUUGAUGUAAUGUACAAAACCGAUGGCAUUGGGCUCUCAGCUCCUCAAGUGGGAGUCAAUGUUCAACUGAUGGUAUUCAAUCCAGUCGGUGAACGCGGUGAAGGGGAGGAAAUUGUUCUUGUGAACCCUAAAGUUUACAGAUAUUCCAAGAAAACUGUACUCUUUAAUGAAGGUUGCCUAUCAUUCCCCAGGAUAUAUGCUGAUGUACAGAGACCAGAAUCGGUUAAGAUCGAUGCACGAGACAUCAGUGGUACGAGGUUCAUGGUCAACUUGUCGGGGCUUCCUGCAAGAGUGUUCCAGCAUGAAUUUGAUCAUUUGCAGGGAGUUUUGUUCUUUGACAGAAUGACAGAUGAAGUACUUGAUACCAUUCGCCCUCAGCUACAAGCCUUAGAAAAGAAGUACGAAGAUAGAACUGGAUUACGAAGCCCGGAAAGAAUAGAGAACCUUAGAACAAGGAAGAAGGUGGCUGCUGGUUUUGGAAAAUCAUGAUCAUAGAGGUUUGAUGAUUAUACAUUAUGAAUAUGAAUGCUACUAACUCCAAUGAUAGGAAGAAAUUUAUACUUCUGUUGGCUAAGCUUUUGUAAGAAUUAAAUUUAUAUUUCUCAUUGCAAAUUUAAUUUAGGCUGUAUUUAUAAGUCACAAACUUAUAAGGACAUGAACCUUAAAUA